AUGUCUUUUCUCUCUGAAUUAAAAGGCACAGCCUCGCGACUUACAGGCUCUUUCCAAAACAGCAACCCGAAAGAAGAAACGAUCAAGGAACGGAAAGCGAAAAGUGGAAGUGGGAGAAGAGGUUACGACGUGGUCAAGACGAAUUAUACAUCUCUUCCGGUUGAGAUACCGGAGGAUUUUUUGCACCCGCUGGAGAAUCCGGAGGAGAAGAUUACGGUUCAGAGAAUUAAAUUUGAGAAGACGGUGUUGAGCGAGUAUAGGGGUGCGUAUGCGGUGGUGCUGGAUGGGGUGUUGAGUAGAGAGGAGUGUGGGGAGUUGAUUCGGUUGGCGGAGAUGAGUAAGGGGGCGCAUGGGAAUUUGGUGGGGGGUGGGGGCGGUGAUGGGGUUGAUGGAGAUGGAGAUGGGGAUGAGGGUGUGAAUGAGAAUGAGAAUGAGAAUGGACUCAAAGGACCAGAAAAUAAUGGAUGGACUCCCGCAAUGGUAAAUGCAGGUGUGGGAUAUGAAUUCCUCUCUACGGAAUAUAGGAAUUCGGAUCGAAUUAUCUGGGAUGAGAAGGAGGUGGUGUCGCGUCUCUGGAAGAGAGUUCUUCAAGGAAAGGGCAUCAAAGAAGAUAUCGGAGUACUUGAGGGGAAGAAAUGGGAAGGAUUGGCUAGUUUGGGACUUCGGAGUGGUGAGAGAUGGGUGGGCACUGAACAAGGAAUCAAUGAGCGCAUGAGAUUUUUAAGAUAUGGUUCUGGACAGUACUUUAGAGAACAUGUCGAUGGCGCCUACGGAAAUCCAGAUGGUAGCGAACGUUCUUUCUUUACAAUUCAUCUUUAUCUCAAUGAUUCAGCGCAAGAACUCGAGAAAGAUCCUAACACGCCUAAAUUCCCCAAAGAUUCGGAGAUGCUCAGAGGAGGGGCUACAACCUUUCAUUCGAAGGAUAUGAAGGAGAGGUUGGAUGUUGAUCCGAAGGUGGGGAGGGUGUUGAUUUUUCAACAUAGGAGAUUGUUGCAUAGUGGGGAUGAUGUGGUGGGUGGGAUUAAGUACACAAUGAGGAGUGAUUUGAUGUUUAGAUUUGAGGAUGGGUUGGAGGGGGAGGAUGAUGUGGUUUUCGGAUAG